AUGGCAACCUCCCACAUUCUCUUCAUCUGCCUCCUCCUCAUCCUUGCAGUUUUAUCGCAGGAGCCGUCCACCUCUAAACAAGGUACCUUUUGAUCAAUGAUGAACCAGACCAAACCAGAGGGGCUUUCCUUUCAUGGGACGAUCAAUACUGACCUAAACGAUUCCUAGAAGUCAAGUACUUCCUUUCCAUGUAGAAUUCCUACUAAGGCCAGUAUAGUAUAUACACUAUGUAUGGCUGGUAUACAUUACAUAUGGGUACACACCAGGGGGUAUCAUCAUACUGUGGGUACACACUAUGGGUACACACCAUGGGUAUCAUCACACUUUAACUGCGUGGCACACAUUUAAGUAAACUCUCAGAGGAAUAGAUCACUGAUAUACAGUAUGAAUGAUCUCAUUACUCACUCUGGUUUAAAUGUUACAUAAAUAAUUAAAUAUAGCCGUUAUUUGUGAAAACUCUAUAAUAUGCUUUAUGAUAAUGCAAUGGCACUGUGUAGUGUAUUUUACAGACUAAUACAAUAUCUUAGAACACGUGCUCUAAAUAAGCAUGCAUGCAUGGGCACAUACAGUGAGGGAAAAAGUAUUUGAUCCCCUGCUGAUUUUGUACUUUUGCCCACUGACAAAGACAUGAUCAGUCUAUAAUUUUAAUGGUAGGUUUAUUUGAAUAGUGAGAGACAGAAUAACAACAAAAUUAUCCAGAAAAACGCACGUCAAAAAUGUUAUAAAUUGAUUUGCAUUUUAAUGAGGGAAAUAAGUAUUUGACCCCUCUGCAAAACAUUACUUGGUACUUGGUGGCAAAACCCUUGUUGGCAAUCACAGAGGUCAGACGUUUCUUGUAGUUGGCCACCAGGUUUGCACACAUCUCAGGAGGGAUUUUGUUCCACUCCUCUUUGCAGAUCUUCUCCAAGCCAUUAAGGUUUCGAGGCUGACGUUUGGCAACUCGAACCUUCAGCUCCCUCCAUAUAUUUUCUAUGGGAUUAAGGUCUGGAGACUGGCUAGGCCACUCCAGGACCUUAAUGUGCUUCUUCUUGAGCCACUCCUUUGUUGCCUUGGCCGUGUGUUUUGGGUCAUUGUCAUGCUGGAAUACCCAUCCACGACCCAUUUUCAAUGCCCUGGCUGAGGGAAGGAGGUUCUCACCCAAGAUUUGACGGUACAUGGCCCCAUCCAUCGUCCUUUUGAUGCGGUGAAGUUGUCCUGUCCCCUUAGCAGAAAAACACCCCCAAAGCAUAAUGUUUCCACCUCCAUGUUUGACGGUGGGGAUGGUGUUCUUGGGGUCAUAGGCAGCAUUCCUCCUCCUCCAAACACGGCGAGUUAAGUUGAUGCCAAAGAGCUCGAUUUUGGUCUCAUCUGACCACAACACUUUCACCCAGUUCUCCUCUGAAUCAUUCAGAUGUUCAUUGGCAAACUUCAGACAGCCCUGUAUAUGUGCUUUCUUGUGCAGGGGGACCUUGCGGGCCCUGCAGGAUUGCAGUCCUUUACGGCGUAGUGUGUUACCAAUUGUUUUUUUGGUGACUAUGGUCCCAGCUGCCUUGAGAUCAUUGACAAGAUCCUCCCGUGUAGUUCUGGGCUGAUUCCUCACCGUUCUCAUGAUCAUUGCAACUCCACGAGGUGAGAUAUUGCAUGGAGCCCCAGGCCAAGGGAGAUUGACAGUUCUUUUGUGUUUCUUCCAUUUGCGAAUAAUCGCACCAACUGUUGUCACCUUCUCACCAAGCUGCUUGGCGAUGGUCUUGUAGCCCAUUCCAGCCUUGUGUAGGUCUACAAUCUUGUCCCUGACAUCCUUGGAGAGCUCUUUGGUCUUGGCCAUGGUGGAGAGUUUGGAAUCUGAUUGAUUGAUUGCUUCUGUGGACAGGUGUCUUUUAUAUAGGUAACAAGCUGAGAUUAGGAGCAGUCCCUUUAAGAGUGUUCUCCUAAUCUCAGCUCGUUUCCUGUAUAAAAGACACCUGGGAGCCAGAAAUCUUUUUGAUUGAGAGGGGGUCAAAUACUUAUUUCCCUCAUUAAAAUGCAAAUCAAUUUAUAACAUUUUUGACAUGCGUUUUUCUGGAUUUCUUUGUUGUUAUUCAGUCUCUCACUAUUCAAAUAAACCUACCAUUAAAAUUAUAGACUGAUCAUUUCUUUGUCAGUGGGCAAACGUACAAAAUCAGCAGGGGAUCAAAUACUUUUUUCCCUCACUGUAUCGAGUUCUUCCCAGGAACUGGAUUUCCAAGAAUUCUGGAGGGGGCAGUGUGGGAGCGGUGAGUGGUACACUGUGGGAAACUGUUUAGAUAUUCAGACUCCCCCUCUCAACAGAUGGAGCGUUGGAAUGGAAAACGUUUGAGUGCAGGAAGUUCUAUUCCUAGGUGGUUCAGGCCUUUAUGAUGAAGUCACAUUUCUCCUAAGUGUUUCUUCGUGUUACACAACAUUAACACGUUAUAUAACUAUUUAGCGCCGAUGGAUGGAAUAGAAGCUUUCACUCUACCGUGAGUCUCUUUUGUCUCUGAUUUUUAUAGGCUUUGGCAGUGGUGCUUUGACAGUUAUUCUGUUUCCAGUAAGUGGUACUUCACACAGGCAGAAUGGGUGAAAGGAUUUGAGUUCCCAGCCAAAAAUAUAAGAGAUUUUAUUUUUCUGAGAAUCAGCAGUACUCUGUCUGAGAGAAACAGAUGGACCUAGAACAGUGCAGGCCGAGGGGACACUUUGCCAGCUCACGCACACAGAUAGAAAAUACAACUUUUCAAUGCUUCCCAUGCUGGAGCAAACCCAAGUUUUUUUCCUCACAGAGCUUUAAAGAUGUUCAAUUGAAGCGGACAACCUUGGUUGCAGCUACUGCUUUAAAGUGUCCACAUAAGUAGCUACAAUAUAUAACACCAGCUGUCCUUCACUCAAGCGUUCCUCUACCAUAGGUGGGAAAAUGUUCACUUUGCACAUGUAAUUGCCUUUGAUUUCUGGAACAAACAGAACAGGUAAAUGCUCGGUGUACAUUUAUGUGAGAUGCAUAUUUAUUUUUAUACACUAUCUUGUGAAUUACUCUCUGACAUUAGGACUGAAAAGUCAAAACAUUCAUCCUGACUUUAAUCAAAGGGAAGGAGAGGGUUGUGUUUGUUCGGCUGCUGUGUAAUAGGAGAUAGGGAGGGAAGAAAUUGGUGUUUUAAUGCGCAGGGUGUUUUAAUACACACGUUACACAAACAUCACUCCAAAUGAGGAGAAACAACAUCAAUAGAGGUUGUUAAGGCAAUAGCACCAUCCCUUUCAUCUGUAUAAUUGUGUAUGUGUAUCUGGCAUACGUCAGUGACGUAAAUAGGAGAGAGAAAAUAGUGAAUUAGACUCUAUAAAGCACGUGUCAAACUCAUUACACGGAGGGCCGAGUGUCUGCAGGUUUUUCGCUCCUACCAUGUACCUGAUUGAUGAUUUAAGGUCACUAAUUAGUAAGGAACUCCCCUCACUGGUUGUCUACAGUGAGGGAAAAAAGUAUUUGAUCCCCUGCUGAUUUUGUACGUUUGCCCACUGACAAAGACAUGAUCAGUCUAUAAUUUUAAUGGUAGGUUUAUUUGAACAGUGAGAGACAGAAUAACAACAAAAAAAUCCUGAAACGCAUGUCAAAAAUGUUAUAAGUUGAUUUGCAUUUUAAUGAGGGAAAUAAGUAUUUGACCCCUCUGCAAAACAUGACUUAGUACUUGGUGGCAAAACCCUUGUUUGCAAUCACAGAGGUCAGACGUUUCUUGUAGUUGGCCACCAGGUUUGCACACAUCUCAGGAGGGAUUUUGUCCCACUCCUCUUUGCAGAUCUUCUCCAAGUCAUUAAGGUUUCGAGGCUGACGUUUGGCAACUCGAACCUUCAGCUCCCUCCGCAGAUUCUCUAUGGGAUUAAGGUCUGGAGACUGGCUAGGCCACUCCAGGACCUUAAUGUGCUUCUUCUUGAGCCACUCCUUUGUUGCCUUGUCGUGUGUUUUGGGUCAUUGUCAUGCUGGAAUACCCAUCCACGACCCAUUUUCAAUGCCCUGGCUGAGGGAAGGAGGUUCUCACCCAAGAUUUGACUGUACAUGGCCCCGUCCAUCGUCCCUUUUGAUGCGGUGAAGUUGUCCUGUCCCCUUAGCAGAAAAACACCCCCAAAGCAUAAUGUUUCCACCUCCAUGUUUGAUGGUGGGGAUGGUGUUCUUGGGGUCAUAGGCAGCAUUCCUCCUCCUCCAAACACGGCGAGUUGAGUUGAUGCCAAAGAGCUCGAUUUUGGUCUCAUCUGACCACAACACUUUCACCCAGUUCUCCUCUGAAUCAUUCAGAUGUUCAUUGGCAAUCUUCAGACGGGCCUGUAUAUGUGCUUUCUUGAGCAGGGGGACCUUGCGGGCGCUGCAGGAUUUCAGUCCUUCACGGCGUAGUGUGUUACCAAUUGUUUUCUUGGUGACUAUGGUCCCAGCUGCCUUGAGAUCAUUGACAAGAUCCUCCUGAGUAGUUCUGGGCUGAUUCCUCACCGUUCUCAUGAUCAUUGCAACUCCACGAGGUGAGAUCUUGCAUGGAGCCCCAGGCCGAGGGAGAUUGACAAUUAUUUUGUGUUUCUUCCAUUUGCUAAUAAUCGCACCAACUGUUGUCACCUUCUCACCAAGCUGCCUGGCGAUGGUCUUGUAGCCCAUUACAGCCUUUUGUAGUUCUACAAUCUUGUCCCUGACAUCCUUGGAGAGCUCUUUGGUCUUGGCCAUGGUGGAGAGUUUGGAAUCUGAUUGAUUGCUUCUGUGGACAGGUGUCUUUUUAUACAGGUAACAAGCUGAGAUUAGGAGCACUCCCUUUAAGAGUGUUCUCCUAAUCUCAGCUCGUUACCUGUAUAAAAGACACCUGGGAGCCAGAAAUCUUUCUGAUUGAGAGGGGGUCAAAUACUUAUUUCCCUCAUUAACAUGCAAAUCAAUUUAUAACAUUUUUGACAUGCAUUUUUCUGUAUUUUUUGUUGUUGUGAUUCUGUCUCUCACUGUUCAAAUAAACCUACCUUUAAAAUUAUAGACUGAUAAUUUCUUUGUCAGUGGGCAAACGUACAAAAUCAGCAGGGGAUCAAAUACUUUUUUCCCUCACUGUAGGUCUUAAUUGAAAGGAAAAACCAGCAGACUCUAGCCCCUCCAUGGAAUGAGUUUGACACCCCUGCUAUAAAACAUAUAGUGCUAGCACUCAUCGCAUGUGUACUCUACAGGGAAUUACUUUAUGCAUUUAGAAAUCCCUUGAUUAAUACAGCCAUUUCCUUCCUCCAUUCCUCCUAUUACACAGCAGCCGAUCAAACACAACCCUCUCUUUCCCUUUGAUUAAAGUCAUAAUGAAUGUUUUGAAUUUUGAGUCCUAGUGUGAGAGAUGAGUAGGCUAAUUUACGAGAUAGUAGAGGACAUUUUGUAUCAGAAGUGGAGGACGUUUUGUAAAAGAGUUCUGGAACACUAGAAUAACUGUAGCCCAAAUUUAUAUCUUACUCUUGUUUUCUUGGAAAGGUCGGUUUAAAGUUAGCUUCAACGUCCUGUUGGAUCCAGUGAUAUCUGCUGCGCACAUGUUGUGAAAACAAAUGACCUAAACUUGUCAGACACUAAGCAAACUACACAUUAAAGAACAUUCAAGAACAUUCACAAGGACUCACAUACACAUGCAAAUUUAUAUUCUGAAAAUAUUAAGUCAAAAUGGGGAGUCUGGAUGUAGUAGGAGAUGUAGAGUCACAAUUUGUGCACAACACACACACACACACACCACCUGUCCUGAAUCCUCAUCAGUCACGAGCUAGUAUGAAACACUUGAGAGUUGCCAAGUGUUGGAUUGAUUUUUCCUUUUAAUUCCGAGGAAGUUCCUGGUAGAAAAGGAUCUGGUAAACAGGUUAUUUUUAACCUUUGGCCACCCUGAUGAGCUGCUAACCAAGCCAGUGGUAUGCAUUUCUCCUCAGCUGCCAUCUCCCUAGGCGCCAGGGCCCUUCAACCUGCUGUUGUGCUGUCCCUCUCAGCGGUGUUGAUGUGGCACAUUAUGGGAGAUGGUACAAAUUAUUGAAGGACCUAAGUGCCUCCUCAGGGCUAUGAACAAACAGGAGUGUUUACUUAAAGCUCCCCUCUCUCUGGCAACACAUUAAUAUAAUAAUGUACUAUAGUACAGACAGACCAGGACAGCGCUUGCCUGGUGUGUCAUAUUGCUGUCAUAAACAAGUAAAUGAUCAUUUAUCUUUCCUACAGCUUAUUUAUUGCUUCCUUUAUUGCCCCUAGGAGCAGAAGGUAAUACGUUGCAUCAUAUUACAGCGUUUUAGGUGUAGUAGUAAUUGGCUUCAGAGAAAAUCGUUCCAAUUGCACUAUUUUAUUGCCAGCUGUCAUUUUCCUGCAGAUACAGCAGAUCUCUGAACACUUACUUUGAGUGGAGGUUUCAUGCAGUGUUCUAUGUAAGGACAGAUGAUGGCAGGGAUUUCCCCGAAAUUCCUGUGGGUGGUAAAGUCUGGCUGACAGAUUUAGAGAGGUCUGCGGAAACUUCCAGGAAAAUGUAGCUGUCCGCCAUGAGGCUACGCCACUCAGAGGAGUUAAGUUACGCUCUGUUUGUCUUACACAGGCAUAGGUCGACUAGACUGGGUGUGUGUUAAUGUUUUAAGUUCGUGUUUUGACUGUUGAAAGUCUAUAUAGACUGUGUGCUCACCUCUUUCCCUCCCUCUCAGCCCGCCCCCAGAUCACUGGCUGUGUCUCCCAUGACAUGAACACCUUCCGCUGCAGAUGGAAUGUCGGAGCAGCAGAACCCAGAGACCUGCGGAUGUUCUACUACAUUAAUGAUAAGAAGUGAGUGAAAAAAGGUUCCGUAAGUAAGGGAGAGAUAAAGAUUCUGAGGGCUGAAAUGAAAUACAGAACACACUGUUGAGAUCCCAAAAUGUUUUUCUUCUGAAAUAAUUUGUAGUUCUUAACUGUAUGUGAGUCUCUCCCUCUUACCUAAAUUAUGUCAGGUGCAUGAUGUAAGUCUUUCCUGCAAUCAGCACAGUAUUAAAAACCCCAUGUUGUCUCCCUAUGCCUGCAGUAUAUCUCCCAAAGAGUGGGGUGAAUGUCCUCACUACGCUGACAGUACAGAUGAGUGCUUCUUCAAUGAACGCUACACAAAGGUCUGGAUGACCUACAGUGUCCAGCUCCGCUCUGGAGAUCAGGACAUUCUCUAUGACGAGGUCAUCUUCACCGUGGAAGACAUCGGUUAGCCUGGCCUCUGACCUCCUAAACCACAGUCACUCCUCCAUUCAUAGCUACCUAUAGCUACCCUACUGUCACCUGUCUGUCCUCUGUCUGCCUCUACACAUCUCCCAAAAUGUAAACCCUAAUCACUUUUUUAUCAUUGGAAAUUGAAAUGUGUAAAUACUGAAUUGUAAACAGUGAGUAUUUUCAAACAUUAGGAACCCCCCCAAAAAUAAAUAAAUACUGUAACAAAAGCGUUCCACAGGGAUGCUGGCCCAGGUUGACUCCAAUGCUUCCCACAUUUGUGUCAAGUUGGCUGGAUGUCCUUUGGGUGGUGGACCAUUCUUGAAACACACAGGAAGCUGUUGAGCGUGAAAACCCCAGCAGCGUUGCAGCUCUUGACACACUCAAACCGGUCCGCCUGCCACCUACUACCAUCAAAGGCACUUAAAUAUGUUGUCUUGCCAAUUCAUCCUCGGAAUGGCACACAUACACAAUCCAUGUCUAAAUUGUCUCAAGGCUUAAAAAUCCUUCUUUAACCUGUCUCCUCCCCUUCAUCUACACUGAUUUGAAGUGGAUGUAAUGAGUGAUAUCAAUAAGGGCUCUCUAGCAAAUUAGUUAGAUUGUCUCACCCCAUGUUCAAGAAUGGCCUUUUUUCCCUUUAUUCAGAUUACAACCACUCACUUUCAGUUAUUUGAAAAGGAAAUAAUCUCCCAAAUAUCACUAUUUCUAAAACAAGCCAUAGAAAGUUGGUUGCAAUUUCAAUUUAAUCCUCCAGAAACAACAGAACAAAUAAUGCAACAAAUAUUGUGGUUAAACUCAAAUAUACUAAUUGAUAAUAAAAAAACAUUAUUUUUUGAAAAAGUUUUUAAAAGGUAUAAUCUUCGUAAAUUAUAUCAUAGGUAGGACUGGUGGAGUUAUGUCACACAUGCAGCUAACAAAAACAAAUGGAAAUGUCUGCUCUACCCAAAAUUACAACCAAAUAAUUGCAGCAUUACCUCAAAAAUGGAAGAUGAAAGUGGAAGGGGGAAAAAGUAAGGAACUUGUCUGUCAGCCCUGCAUUAAAUAACAUAAUUGGUUAAAGUAUACCAGUUUCAUUUAAGGACCAAAGGUUUGACAGCCGUCCCAUAUAGAUUGCAAAAUAGUGGGAAGAGAUUUGUGACGUACCGAUUCCAUGACAUAGUGUUAAUGAACUGAUAUGCAAAACGACGCCGGAUUCAAAACUUAGAAUUUUCCAAUUUCAAUUAUUAUACAGCAUUCUUGCCACCAAUAUAAUGUUAUUUAUAUGGGGGAUACAAUCUUCCCAGCUCUGCAGAUUUUGCUGCGAAGAGACAAUCAUUAGAUCAUUUGUUUUGGGACUGUCCAUUUGUAGCUUGUUUUUGGUCACAGGUCCAGGAAUGGCUGAAGGAUUGCAAUAUUUACCUGGAGCUAACCCUGCAGAUAGCACUACUGGGUGAUUUGAAAAGUCAUAGUCAAUCGAUCAAUAAUGUAAUAAUACUUUUAGGAAAAACAUUUAUUUUCAAUUUACAAUCUGUAGAAACAAUGACAAUAGAAGGGUUCAGAACUUUUAUGAAACUGCACAGUACAGUUGAAAAAUAUAUGGCAAAUAGAAAUCCAACAUGGUUGGUGUUAAGAGACAGAUGGGAGGUGUUGAAUGGAGCUGAAGGAUGGGACUAAUAACAACUAACAACAACUAAUAACAGGAUAACUAAUGUGAAGCAUACUAUGUCCAUAAUAAGUAUAUAGGUUAUAGGUUGAGAGCUUUUGUGAAAGAGCACAGUUAAAAAGAUAUGGCAUAUAGAAGCAAACUGGAUGGUCAUCAUGAAAAUGAUAGAGAUUGAGGGUAGAGGAAGUUCAGGAGUAAAAACAAACAAAAUAUAAUUAUUGUAAAAUUGACAGUGUCGUUCACUAGUUUACUCCAAUUAGGGGAGGGGUGGUGGGGUUGGAAAGUAAUAAAGGGACAUUUAUUUUUUUAAAGGAUAUGUAUAUAUAUGUAUGUACAGUGGGGGAAAAAAGUAUUUAGUCAGCCACCAAUUGUGCAAGUUCUCCCACUUAAAAAGAUGAGAGAGGUCUGUAAUUUUCAUCAUAGGUACACGUCAACUAUGACAGACAAAAUGAGAAAAAUAAAUCCAGAAAAUCACAUUGUAGGAUUUUUUAUGAAUUUAUUUGCAAAUUAUGGUGGAAAAUAAGUAUUUGGUCAAUAACAAAAGUUUCUCAAUACUUUGUUAUAUACCCUUUGUUGGCAAUGACACAGGUCAAAAGUUUUCUGUAAGUCUUCACAAGGUUUUCACACACUGUUGCUGGUAUUUUGGCCCAUUCCUCCAUGCAGAUCUCCUCUAGAGCAGUGAUGUUUUGGGGCUGUCGCUGGGCAACACGGACUUUCAACUCCCUCCAAAGAUUUUCUAUGGGGUUGAGAUCUGGAGACUGGUUAGGCCACUCCAGGACCUUGAAAUGCUUCUUACGAAGCCACUACUUCGUUGCCCGGGCGGUUUGGGAUCAUUGUCAUGCUGAAAGACCCAGCCACGUUUCAUCUUCAAUGCCGUUGCUGAUGGAAGGAGGUUUUCACUCAAAAUCUCACGAUACAUGGCCCCCCCAUUCAUUCUUUCCUUUAUACGGAUCAGUCGUCCUGGUCCCUUUGCAGAAAAACAGCCCCAAAGCAUGAUGUUUCCACCCCCAUGCUUCACAGUAGGUAUGGUGUUCUUUGGAUGCAACUCAGCAUUCUUUGUCCUCCAAACACGACGAGUUGAGUUUUUACCAAAAAGUUAUAUUUUGGUUUCAUCUGACCAUAUGACAUUCUCCCAAUCCUCUUCUGGAUCAUCCAAAUGCACUCUAGCAAACUUCAGACGGGCCUGGACAUGUACUGGCUUAAGCAGGGGGACACGUCUGGCACUGCAGGAUUUGAGUCCCUGGCGGCAUAGUGUGUUACUGAUGGUAGGCUUUGUUACUUUGGUCCCAGCUCUCUGCAGGUCAUUCACUAAGUCCCCCCGUGUGGUUCUGGGAUUUUUGCUCACCAUUCUUGUGAUCAUUUUGACCCCACGGGGUGAGAUCUUGCAUGGAGCCCCAGAUCGAGGGAGAUUAUCAGUGGUCUUGUAUGUCUUCCAUUUCCUAAUAAUUGCUCCCACAGUUGAUUUCUUAAAACCAAGCUGCUUACCUUUUGCAGAUUCAGUCUUCCCAGCCUGGUGCAGGUCUACAAUUUUGUUUCUGGUGUCCUUUGACAGCUCUUUGGUCUUGGCCAUAGUGGAGUUUGGAGUGUGACUGUUUGAGGUUGUGGACAGGUGUCUUUUAUACUGAUAACAAGUUCAAACAGGUGCCAUUAAUACAGGUAACGAGUGGAGGACAGAGGAGCCUCUUAAAGAAGAAGUUACAGGUCUGUGAGAGCCAGAAAUCUUGCUUGUUUGUAGGUGACCAAAUACUUAUUUUCCACCAUAAUUUGCAAAUAAAUUCAUUAAAAAUCCUACAAUGUGAUUUUCUGGAAUUUUUUUACUCAAUUUGUCUGUCAUAGUUGACGUGUACCUAUGAUGAAAAUUACAGGCCUCUCUCAUCUUUUUAAGUGGGAGAACUUGCACAAUUGGUGGCUGACUAAAUACUUUUUUUUCCCCACUGUAUGUAUUUAUAUGUAUGUAUUUAUAUGUAUGUAUGUAUGUGUGUGUGUGUGUAUGUAUGUGUAUCUCUCCCGAGUGGCGCAGUGGUCUAAGGCACUGCAUCGCAGUGCUAGCUGUGCCACUAGAGAUCCUGGUUCGAAUCCAGGCUCUGUCGUAGCCGGCCGCGACCGGGAGACCCAUGGGGCGGCGCACAAUUGGCCCAGGGUAGGGGAGGGAAUGGCCGGCAGGUAGCUCAGUUGGUAGAGCAUGGCGUUUGCAACGCCAGGGUUGUGGGUUUGAUUCCCACAGGGGGCCAGUAUGAAAAAUAAAAAAUAAAGAAUGUAUGCACUCACUAACUGUAAGUCGCUCUGGAUAAGAGCGUCUGCUAAAUGACUAAAAUGUAAAUGUAUAUAUAUGCAAGAAAAAAUAUAUAUGUGGGGAUUGGAAGUGAUGCAGUCAAUUACAUUGAUGGAAGUUACAAUCUAUCUGCAAUAUUAAAGCUGAUCUACCCCAAAGAAGAAAAACAAAAACAAUUUUUUUUUUUUAAUUACCUUAUUUUCCGCACUAUAAGGCGCACGGAUUAUAAGGCGCACCUUCAAUGAAUGGCCUGUUUUAGAACUGUUUUCAUAUAUAGGGCGCACCGGAUUAUAAGGCACAUAGAAUAGAAGAUACUGUAGUCAAACGUUUGACUGGGUUUGCGUUAUGCAUCCACUAGAUGGAGCUGUGCUAAAGGGAUGUCAACAAAACAGUCAGAUAAAGUCAAACUUUAUUAAGCGUUCUGACAACUCCGUUCACUCCCUUGGUAACGUUGUUCAAACGUUAAUGUGCAUAUUAACAAUAUCUCCCAGCCUUGCUCACUCUUCUCCCAAACGUGGAAGGGAACUUUUCCCUGAUUCGGUAUACACGUAGUAAAAGAAACAGUCUGAUACCACUAAAUCAAACGUUAGUGCAUAACUCAACAUUGUUCAGUUACGUAUAACACGUAAAGCUCACUUUUUCAGUUCAUUCCCUGUCCACGAAUCCCUCGAAUUCUUCUCUUCAGUGUCCGAAUUGAACGGAAACUCUGUUUAGUCUUCUUUACUUGGCGCAGGUCAUCUUCUUGCUUCCUCCACUUCCGUACCAUUGAUUCAUUAAUGUUGAAUUCUCUCGCUGCUGCUCUAUUCCCAUAUUCUACUGCGUGACCGACAGCCUUGAGCUUGACCUCUGCGUCGUAAGCGUCUCUUGAAAGGUGCCAUUUUGGGGUCUUUAUACACACACAAGUGGUGUGGGACUGUGAGUAAGCACAGUACCGGUGUUUACUGACUACGGUAGCCGUAAUGCUGCAAGCGGUGCGGCUUUGUAGUUUACCAGUCGUACUGAAACAUUUCAUUAUUAUUAAAUUGUUUUUAUUGGUUUUUCAUACUGAAACAUUUUGACAGAGUGCCUUGAGCGCCGUGUACAACCAGUAUGGAUCAACCAAUUAACCAAUUGAUCCAUAUAUAAGGCGCUCCGGAUUAUAAGGCGCACUGUCGUUUUUUUAGAAAAUUAAAGGAUUUUAAGUGUGCCUUAUAGUGCGGAAAAUACGGUAGUAGAAAUGUACAAACAAAAAAUAAAUAAGGGCUCAUAACUUUCACCUGGAUUCACGUGGUCAGUCUUUGUCAUGGAAAGAGCAGGUGUUCUUAAUGUUUUGUAUACUCUGUGUGUACGGUAUAUAUAGCCUAAUUAUAUAGCCUCAUUGUGUAGAUAUACUACAUUUUUGAUAUGCCAUUCAGCAUUUCAAGUGGUGAACCUAAUGUUGUUUUAAAUGUGUUCCAGUGGAACCAGACCCUCCAAUAGCGCUGAACUGGACCCUGUUGAAUGUGGGUCUAACCGGGAGCCACUUUGACAUCAUGUUGAGCUGGGAACCACCGCACUCCGCAGAUGUGUCGAUGGGCUGGAUGACGCUACAGUACGAGGUGCAGUACCGCGAGGUCAACUCAACACUGUGGAGGACGGUGAGUCCCAGCCCUGGCCCUUAUGCAUAGGGCUGGGUCAGGAGUUCUUCCUGACUCCGUGAUUAGACCAGGAAAAACUCCUGGCCCCACCUAUACCCCUUCUAUGUUUGACUCUUUCGGUCAGACUGUUGCAGAUCACACCAUUGGGUCAUUUCAGAAUCUACAUUAGCAAUAAAGAUUAAAUGUAGUGUUCCAGUGUUAAUAUAAACCUUUCUCUGGACGUACAGUACCUAAUGAGACUGUGCGGUCCAGAUUAUUUUGACCUGACCAAAUUUUACUGCAUUAUUUAAAGAUAAUUUCAGUGAAUAAUAUAAUGACCUAAUAAUCAAAAGUCUUAUGCCUCCUCCCACAUUGUAAUUUAGAACAAACUGCCUCUUUCCCAGGGCAGUCUGCCGUGUCAUUCUCCCUCUCACGUUAUAUCCCUCCAUGCAACGGAACAUGAAUCUUGGGGGUAAUCUACCAAAGUGACAUACCAAGGCUCUACUGCUUUUAAGUUGAUUCAUGCCUUUAUAUGACAUGAUAUAUUUCUCAAGGUGACUUAUCCUCAGCUAAACUCUAAGCAGCGUGCCCCUUAAACCAAAUCACAUGGAUUAAACCUGCAGGUGUAAGUUAUGUCUCGUCUUAUUGUGUGGGUGAUAUUCACUAACUAACUGGUGUAAAACCUCUCUGUUUUGACUGCAACCCUAGGUGGACCAUGAAAAGGGAAUGCAGCGAUCGCUAUACGGGCUGCGCACCAACACAGACAAUGAGGUCAGGGUGAGGUGCAAGAUGCUGGCAUCCCGUAACUUUGGGGAAUUCAGCGACUCCAUAUUCAUACACAUCCCCACUAAAGGUACUGACGUAUUGUUUUUAUAUACUGUCAUAUAAAAUGUUGCUGUUAUAACAUGUAUGAUGUCUCUGUUUUGAAUCGUAUUAAUUGCUUUCUAUAUAUUAAUAUGUGCUCAGAGUCCAGACUUCCAGUUACUGUCCUGCUUGUCUUUGCUGCUUUGGGUUUGGCAGUCAUCCUAAUGCUGGUAAUAUAUUCCCAGCAACAGAAGUAAGAGACUCACUUUUACCUUUCACUUUAUCUUAAAAUACAUUUGUUCAACCUCUUCAUAAAAAUGUGCAAGUCUAAUGCUACAUGUCUUUUUAAUAACGCUUCCUCUAUCUUUCUUCAAGGUUGAUGGUGAUUCUGCUGCCUCCAAUUCCUGGUCCCAAAAUCAAAGGCAUCGACCCAGAGCUCCUUAAAGUAUUAACUUAACACAGUGAAAAAUACCUAAAAUUCUUUACUUGCACCAUUAAAACCAUUGCCACUAGAGUUUUGUGGGGUGGCAAUAUGAAGUACUAGCAAGGUUGUAAUAAGUGUAUGUUGCCCCUUUAAACUAACUCUGAGGUAUUAUCUGUUGUUGACUAUAGAAAGGUAAGUUGGCUGAGCUGACCUCCAUCCUGGGCUGCCACCCUGACCUGAGGCCAGAGCUGUACAGCGACGACCCCUGGGUGGAGUUCAUCGAGCUGGACAUGGAGAAACCCAACGACAGGCUGACUGUGCUGGACACCCAAUGCUUGAUGAACGACUGUGCCUCCUCAAACUGUCCUCCUAUCACCAUUGGCUUCAGGGAUGACGACUCGGGCCGGGCCAGCUGCUGUGACCCUGAUCUGCCUGACCCAGAGGCCUCCCCCUUCCACUCCCUCCUCUCCAACACCAGCCGCUCCCUGGAGCCCUCUGGCCUGGCCAGCUCCCCAGUCCAGACCCCCACCACUGAGGUUUCUCCCUGGGCCGUCCCUGGCAGGGAGGACCUCUACACCAAGGUGAAUGAGGUGAGACCCACUGGUGAAGUGCUGCUGACACCUGAGGAGCAGAGCAAGGUGGAGGAGAAUGCAGAGGAGAAGGAUGAGAAGGAGAAAGAGAAGAAGAGGAGGGAGUUUCAGCUGCUGGUGGUGAAUGCUGAUGUGGGAGGCUACACCUCAGAGUUAGAUGCUGGGAAGAUGAGUGCAAGACCCACCACUGGGAGAGCCAGCCAGCCUGCUCCAACGGAGGACAGUAGUCUUGUGCAGGGACAGUGCUUCGGGGAGUACCAGAGCCUGUACUUUGAGGCUGAAAUGCCCCCCAUUCCACCUGCCUCUCCCAUCUCCCCACUGCCCCCUGUCUCUGCCUACACCAUGGUGGAGGGAGUGGACAGGCAGAACAGCCUCCUUCUGAAGCCCAGCUCCCCACCUGCACCCCAGCCAGUCCUAACCAAGCAGCCCCUGCCCACACCUACACCAGAGGGUUACCUGACCCCUGACCUACUGGGCAACAUUACACCAUAACUCAGAGGUGUAGAGACUAUGCCAGUCAUUAGUGAUUGGACACAGAUCAGAGGUGGCAUGGGAAUUCAGUGCCUGAGUGACUAGACAUCAAAAGAGUAGGGUGCCAAAUGUCAUGCCUCCAAAAAUGAGAGGGGGUCCCUGCCUGCCCCACCUCUUCCCGUUCCUUCUCCCAACAUGACAGCUGUAGACAUUUUGAGGUUUAGUAAGAUGGAUGGUGAGUACAGGAGAGGGGUCUGUUCUUCAAGGUGCCACACCUGUCUGCAAAAACUUUAACAAGAACUGAGCGAACAAAGGAAAUAGGGAAAGGACAAGAAGGGAUUAUGGUCUCUCACAGGAACUGGCCAUAUGAACCUCUUCACAUAUUAUGAAUGUGAAAUAAGAAAUAUAUAUUUUGAAGAACAUCACCUACGUGUGACUUUAAAUGCCAGCA